AGGACUCCUCAUUACAAAGGGAUACAGUAUGAUGAUUUUUAUUCGGACUCCCAAUUCCCAAAUGAAAUGAGCACGGAAUCAUCAAACAUCCAACUCCUAACGUCAAGCUUUAUUUUGCCUCUUGCCACCGCCACCGCACAGUUGACACUUCCUCCUUUUCUUCCGCCGUGCUCCGUCGCUCGAUGACCUCCACGCUGCCGUCUUCCCCCACCUGGCCUCCCCUUAACCGUUCCGAUCCCCGCCUCGCUCCUCCUCCAUUCAUGGCCGACAGCUCUCCUCCCCCUCACAGUCCCGACGCAGAUCACCACUCCCCGCUCUCCGACCUCUCCGCUCUCUCAUCCGCCGUCAUUUCUGCAGACUCUGACGAGGAUCCCCGCCGCCCCCUGACAUCUUCUCCUCUAAACGCUGCGAUUGCACCGAAUCUUAACCCUAACACUUCUUCUCAACCUGUAGAUUCCUUUACACCAUCCCUCCUCCACCUAUCAUUCAACCAGGACCACGCCUGCUUUGCUGCCGGAACCGAUUGUGGUUUCCGAAUCUAUAACUGCGAUCCUUUUCGAGAGAUUUUCCGCAGGGACUUCUCCAACAGUGGCGGGCGCGGUGGGAUUGGUGCGGUUCAGAUGCUCUUUCGGUGUAACAUCCUGGCCCUGGUUGGUGGAGGUCCCGGGCCGCAGUAUCCCUUGAAUAAAGUCAUGAUCUGGGAUGAUCACCAGUCUAGGUGCAUAGGUGAGCUGUCGUUUCGCUCUGAAGUGAAAUCUGUCAGGCUUCGGAGGGACAGGAUUGUAGUUGUUCUGGCUCAGAAGAUAUUAGUUUACAAUUUCACGGAUUUGAAGCUGUUGCAUCAGAUAGAAACUGUGGCAAACCCGAAGGGAUUGUGCGAGAUCUCCCAUGUGUUUGGGUCUAUAGUAUUGGUUUGCCCUGGGUUGCAGAAGGGACAAGUGAGGAUUGAGCACUAUGCUUCCAAGAAAACAAAGUUUAUUAUGGCACACACCUCGAGGAUCUCAUGCUUUGCACUCACAAACGAUGGGAAGUUGCUGGCAACUGCAAGCAGUAAAGGGACUCUUGUUAGAGUGUACAAUACUUUAGAAGGAUCAAUGGUGCAAGAGGUUAGAAGAGGUGCAGACAGAGCUGAGAUAUACAGCCUUGCCUUUAAUUCAACUGCUCAAUGGCUAGCUGUCUCUAGUGAUAAAGGAACUGUUCAUGUUUUUGGUUUAAAAACUGAUUCACAACCAAUAACUGUUGAGAGAUCUCAUGAUCCCACUAACGUAACUACUUCAUCAGCUGCUUCAAAUUUCUCCUUCAUUAGAGGAGUGCUACCAAAAUAUUUCAGCUCUGAGUGGUCUGUGGCCCAAUUCCGCUUGCAAGAAGGUUUGCAACAUAUUGUUGCCUUCGGACACCAAAAGAAUACGAUUGUCAUACUAGGCAUGGAUGGCAGUUUCUAUAGAUGCCAAUUCAAUCCAAGCGAAGGCGGGGAGAUGAGCCUUUUGGAACACCAUAAUUUCUUGAAGCCCGAGGACAGCUUCUAACUAGUAAAACUUGUGUAUGAUCUAUCUACCUAUGUACAAUUUCUAGUCUUGUCUUUUCGUUACAUCGUGAACAAACUAUAACAUGUGUGCCUGGCAGUUAGUCACACAAAUACCCCCCCCCCCCCAAUGCAUUUCUAGUCUGUAUAUACAUAAAAUAUAUGUGCAUAAUGUAAUCCUGUGUUAUUCGAUUUCAUGCCAAGUGCUCAGUUAUAAUCUUCGAAGCAGAAUCUAUCGGCACAUUAGUCUUAGUUUAAAAAAUAAAAAUAAUAGAUAUAAAAAAUGAAAAAAUGAGAAAUGUAACUAAAAUGAUACAAAAAUAAUAAAAUAAAUAAGGUAAUCAAUGGAAACUAAUUUGAAAUUGGUAAAAGUAAAAUAAAAAUAUACGGGUGGGUUUUAAUAUUUUACGCAUUAUACAAAGUAUUAACAUAUCACUUCUUAUUUUUUAGAAAAAAUUAUCUACAAUAAUUCUAACUUUACCGG